GACUUAUACCAAAAGUUUUUGGAUGGUGAAGACAUUUCAAAAAUACCAAAAGAAGAGGAUCCAUUUUGGGAGCCGACAGAAGAUGUUUUGAUUGGUUCAGCCAAUGUUUUCUUGCAAUCACUCUCUUACGCACUCGACUUUGAUGACAAAAUAACAAUCACAGAUUACAAAGGCCAGGAGGAGGGAUUUAUUAAGGUGCAUGUGACCCCGUGCCAAAAAGAUGGCAAACAGUUGGAGGAAGAUGCAUUUGUUGAUGAUCCACAUGAACUGUUGGAUAAACCAUAUCACUUUAAGGUGACAGUUCAGAGUGCUGAAAUUUACAAGACACGUUUUUCAAAAGGAAUACAAGUGAAAUAUCGUGUAUAUAAGGAUGAGAAAUUAACGGAGACAACACUAAUAAAAAAUACACUCAAACCAAAUAUAAAGCAUACAAAAGUAUUUACAUUCAGUAAAGUAACAAAGGAACAUUUGGAGUUUUUUGAAUCUGGAUGUAUAACAUUCCUAGUGUAUGGUACUCAAGAAGAUGCAACACCAGAUCCCAAACUGCUGAAAUAUUCAACACGAGAACUAAGACAAAUGGAUCUUGGAGAAGCACCAUCAAGUGUUGGCAUGGCACGACGUAACACACAUUUUGCCUUAGAUCAUGCCUCAGAUCAGUCACACCUGAAGACAGAAGUUUUGUUACUACAAAGGAAAUAUGAAAGACUGGCAGCUAAAGAAAGAAGGAUGCAGGACAUCUGUAAAGAAUGGGACAAGAAACCAGAGUCAGAGAAACAGUUUGAACCAUUUUAUCGAGCUGUAUCAGCUGUGGCACAUAGUACUGGAACACGCUUAAAGACACGUGUACAUCUCCUAAACCAGAUUUUGAAAGCAGAGAAAUAUCUACAAGAACGCAAGAACCAAGAAAAUGGAGUAAGACAUCUCACAUUAUGUACAUCUUAUGUUUUGUUAUAUGGCUGUGAAAUGAUAGUUUAGAAGUCAUUGUUUU